UUUGGCCGCACGCCGCUAUCUAUCCAUCUCCUCUCGUCUCCUUUUCCCUCUCCUUCUGGACGGACCUGGAAAAUUGAUCCAGUUUUUUGGCAGCUGCAGCAGUCCUUGAUUGAUAUCCCGGCGAUUCAAAGCCGCCUCACACGGCGGGUUAGGAUUGGGGAUUUUCUCUUCUUGUCUCCUCCUACUGGAGGCGUCGAGUCGGGUGAUGAGAGAUGGGGUUCUUGGCGUGCUUGUGCCGGUGUCCUCAGAACGACGAGGACGACGAGGAGAAGGAGGGGGAGCAGUUCAGGAUCAAUCACCAAGUCACCUCAGAAAGUUGCCCGCUGAACACUGGGGGUAUUUUACAUAUGGAAGGAUCCCAACCAAUCGGCAGACAUGAUGAAGCAAUCAUCUUCCCAUUACAUCAGCUUGCUGAUGCUACUAAAAACUUCAGUCAGGAUUGUCUUUUGGGAAGAGGAGGGUUUGGUUGUGUGUACAAGGCUACUCUUAGUGAUGGGCAGGUUGUUGCAGUCAAACAACUUGAUCUAAAUGGGCUUCAGGGGAACAGAGAAUUCCUUGUGGAGGUUCUCAUGCUCAACCUCCUGCAUCACCCUAAUCUAGUCAAUUUGUUUGGGUACUGCGUUGAUGGUGAUCAGCGCUUGCUUGUCUAUGAGUAUAUGCCAUUGGGAUCUCUAGAAGACCAUCUGCAUGAUCUUGCACCUGAUCAAGAACCUUUAGAUUGGAAAACACGUAUGAAGAUAGCUGCGAGUGCAGCUGCUGGUUUGGAAUACCUGCAUGAUGAAGCACAUCCUCCAGUCAUUUACCGAGAUAUUAAACCAUCAAACAUUCUUCUUGGUGAAGGGUAUCAUGCAAAGCUCUCUGACUUUGGACUUGCUAAGCUUGGCCCGGUCGGUGAUAAGACACAUGUGACAACCCGUGUCAUGGGGACACAUGGUUAUUGUGCUCCUGAAUAUUUCUUAACUGGGCAGCUAACAAUUAAGUCCGACAUCUAUAGUUUUGGUGUCGUGUUCCUUGAGCUAAUUACAGGGCGAAGACCAAAUGACAGCAAUCGGCCUCCUGAGGAACAAGAUUUAGUUGCAUGGGCUCGUCCAUUGUUCAAAGAUCAAAGGAAAUUUUCCAGGAUGGCUGAUCCUUUGUUGCAUGGCCGCUUCCCAAGGAGGGGUUUAUACCAGGCCUUGGCUAUUGCAGCAAUGUGUUUGCAGGAGAAAGCUAAACAUCGGCCUCCCAUUAGGGAAGUUGCUACUGCUCUCUCUUAUUUAGCCUCGCAAACAUAUGAUAGGAACAACACCACUGCUCGUCGUAACCGUGCUGGGCCUUCGACAUCAAGGGUUUUGGAUGAUCAAAUGAACCAGGACACCACAUUGGCUAGCCAGCAAGAAGUUCAGAUGUCAAUUCAUUGCCAGACAAAUCAAGUCGUACCGGAAGUGAAGGAAACUUCCUGGAGUGGUUCACAUCGUCCAGGAAGGGGCAGAGUUGCUCCAAAUGGCAUUGAUAGGGAGCGUGCACUUGCAGAUGCCAAUGUAUGGGCUGAGGCUUGGAGGCGCCAAGAGAAGGCAAGCAAAAUGUGGUAGCAAUCAGAACCUGACUGCAGCCUCUGUAUGAGUUUAGAUAUGUCAUGGCAAACAUGGUUACUUCGCAUACAUUUCGAAAGAAAACUAUGGACUACAGAAAGGGUUGGUAGAAGAGGAUAAGGAAUAAUGUGCAGUGGAAGUGUAGAACCUCACCAGAGUGAGCGCUUCGAAGAUUUCACCGGUGGAGUCUACUGUAUCCGGACGUGUCUUACUGCGUACAUGGAUGUAGUUCUCUUUAGACAGACAUUGCAUAGAUACAGUUGCUGGGGAACUGUGUACAUGUAACAACCCCGUAAUAGACACAGUAGAGUAUGCAACCUUUCUGUAGUUCAGCGGUUUUGGAUACAUAAUGUAGUAUCCCCGUAUAUGUAUGAAAUGUAUGUAUCACAGCAUAUGCAUUUUGGAUGAUCCAUUUUAAAGCAUCGCUAUUUUCUGACA